AUGCGAACAUUAUAUUCUCUAACUAACGAAGAACCAUCAGAAUCACAAAAUAUCCAAAAGUCUCCAAAGUCGACAAACGAUUAUUUAAUAUCAACUCAACCAGUGUUAAAUAUAGAUGACCACUCAAAUAACAAUAAUAAAACUAUGCGUCCUCUUCAAGCAAAUGACGUUAAGACAUCAAAGUCGCAUACAAUUAUAAUACCUUCACCGACGGCAAUACCAACUUUCUCCGGAAAAUAUUCAGAAAGUCCCAAUCAAUUCCUAAUCCGUAUUCAAGAAUAUGCUGAAACAGUAUAUGGAUGGGAUCAACCUACUCUACUCCUUGGCAUUUCUCAAUUUUUACGAGAUACUGCAUUAGAUUCGUGUUGUCAAUUAAGAGAUUCUCAUCGACGUCCACAAAUAUGGGCAGAAUUUGUCAGUUUAUUUCUCUCUCAAUUCAAUCCCCCUAUACUAAUUGCUCGUCAAGAACAAGAAUAG